GCACCCGUCCUUGUCGAGCCUGGCAGCCUCGGUUCUAUUCCGUACUCAGCCACCGCCAGGGCUCGAGCCUUAGGGCUUGGCGCGGGGUAAGUGGGAGCCGGGCCCAGGGCCGGAGACAGGCAGAAGACGGGACAACGGGGUCGGGUCAUGGCGCCUGCACCUGUUCUCCAGGACAACAAAGAAGAAAAGUAGGCGUGGAGUGGGGGGGACUUCCAGAAUCGCCACCCAGAGGGAGCCACGCCUGCGCAGUCAGACGCCUAGCUCCGCCUCCAGCAUUGCCUUUAGCCCCGCCCCUCCUCGAGAAAACACGCCCAUUGGUCGAUCCUCGAGGACGGGGGCCAAUCAGCGGCUUCGCUGCUUCCCCGCCCCCCCUUUGGGAGAGCAGGUGCAGAGCCAGGAGCUGGCUUUGAGAAGGGGAGGAGACUGGGGGGGCGGGGUCCAGGCAGCAGCCCUUUAAGGAGUUCUUCAGGCAGUACAGUGACCCCCAGCUCGGCCUCGGCCCGGAGGAGGGGGCCAGGCAUGGCGCCCAUGCUGCAGACCUCGGGGACCCACCUGGAAUCGGUGACCUUCGGGGAUGUGGCCGUGACCUUCACCCCCGAGGAGUGGGGGCACCUGCACCCCUCCCAGAAGGAGCUCUACCGAGAAGUGAUGCUGGAGAACUACGGGCACCUGGUCUGCCUGGGACUUGCCUGUUCCAAACCUGAUGUGAUUGAGCAGCUGGAGCGAGGAGAAGCCCCUUGGAGACCAGAGGGAGGGAUCCCAGGAAGCAGCUGUGCAGAUUGGGAUCCUAGGUGUGAAACAAAGACCUCACCUCCAAAACUGGGCCUUUCUGUGCAAGAAUCAUCCCAGGAAAGACUCACCAAGAAUAGUUCUUUCAUAUCCAGAUUGGGAGAAAACCAGGCAAGUGAUAUAAGGUUACUAAGACAGCAAAAGGAUAAGAAGAAGCCUUCCAGACAAAAACCCAGUAUCCAAAGGAAAAGUUCCAGCCAAGUGAGAAACCAUAAGUAUGACCAAUGUGAUAGAAGCUUGAGUCCAGGAUCUAUUGUUUUAGCACAACAAAGAGAAUCAGCAGGAAAGAGUCUCCGCAAACAUGAUAAACAUAGAAAGAACCUCAAAAUACAUUCAGAUAAAAGAAAAUGUAAUAAAAUAUGCCCCAAAAAGACAUUUUCUAAAUUUAAAGAAUGUGAUGAAUCCUUCAGUAACAAUUCAGACAUCAAUGAAAGUGAGAAAACUGAAAAGAAACCUUUUGUAUGUAAUGAAUGUGGGAAAGGCUUCUUUCAGAAGAUGUGUCUUAUUCAGCAUAAGAGAAGUCAUACUGGAGAGAGACCUUAUGAGUGUGGUCAGUGUGGGAAGGCCUUCUAUCAGCAAGGACACCUCAUUCAACAUCAGUCAAUUCAUACAGGAGAAAAACCUUAUAAAUGUAAUGAAUGUUCUAAAGUCUUUCGCCUGAGCACAGGGCUUGUUGAACAUCAGAAAAUUCACACAGGAGAGAAACCUUAUAAAUGUAAUGAAUGUGGGAAGGCCUUCCGCCAUGGAUCCCAUCUAACUCAACAUCAGAGAAUUCAUACUGGAGAGAAACCUUAUGAAUGUAAUGAAUGUGGAAAGACCUUCCGUCAUAGUUCACACCUUACUCAACAUCAAAGAAUUCAUACUGGAGAUAGACCUUAUAAAUGUACCGAAUGUGGAAAGGCCUUCCGUCAUGGUUCACAGCUUACUCAACAUCAAAGAAUCCACACUGGAGAGAAACCUUAUGAAUGUAAAGUCUGUGGGAAGGCCUUCCGACAGAGUACACAACUUACUGCACAUCAGACAAUUCACACUGGAGAGAAACCUUAUGAAUGUAAUGAGUGUGGGAAGGUCUUCCGCCAGAGUAUACAACUUACUACACAUCAGAGAAUUCAUACUGGAGAAAAACCUUAUGAAUGUAAUGAAUGUGGGAAAUCCUUCCGUUUAGGCACAAGCCUUAGUGAACAUCAGAGAAUUCAUACUGGAGAGAAACCUUAUAAAUGUAAUGAAUGUGGAAAGGCCUUCCGCCUAGGCACAAGACUCAGUGAACACCAGAGAAUUCAUACUGGAGAGAAACCUUAUGAAUGUUCUGAGUGUGGAAAGGCCUUUGGCCACAGCUCACAGCUUACUCUACACCAGAGAAUUCAUACUGGAGAGAAACCUUAUGAAUGUAAGGAAUGUGGCAAGUCUUUCAGGCAGAGUAUACAGCUUACCCUGCACCAGAGGAUUCAUACUGGGGAGAAACCUUAUGAGUGCAAUGAAUGUGGGAAGACCUUCCGCCAGAGCACACAACUUACUGUACAUCAGAAAAUUCAUAGUGGAGAGAAACCUUAUAAAUGUGAUGAAUGUGGGAAGACCUUCAGACAAAACACACAACUCACUGUACAUCAGACAAUUCAUAGUGGAGAGAAACCUUAUAAGUGUUUGGAAUGUGGCAAGUUCUUCCGCCUGAGCACAGGACUUAGCGAACAUCAGAGAAUUCAUACUGGAGAAAAACCAUACAAUUGUAAUGAAUGUGGAAAGACCUUCCGCCACAGUUCACACCUUACACGCCAUCACAUGAUACAUACUGGGAAAAAACCUUUUGAAUGUAGUGAAUGUGGAAAGUCCUUUCCCCAAAGUGCACAACUUACCAGGCAUGAGAGAAUUCAUACUAGAGAGAAGCCCUAUAAAUGUUUUGAAUGUGAAAAGGCCUUCCGCCAGUACUCACAGCUGACUCGGCAUAAUAGAAUUCAUACAAAAGAUAAACCUAAUGAAUAUAGCAAACGUGGGAAGGCUUUUAGAGAGCCCAGAGCUCUUAAUAGAAAUCAAAACCUGCAUCCUUGAGAGAAAUGUUGUGAGAUGAAUGUAAGAAUAGUAGGGAGCUGGUUGGAACUGUCAGCUAGGAAGCACAGUGGAUAGACCCCAGACCUGGAAUUAGGAAAAACUGAGUUCAAAUCUGGCCUCAGAACUUUCCCAGCUAUUUGACACUGAGCAAGUUAAUAGUUAAUCUCUGUCAGCCUCAGUUUUCUCAUCUUUAAAUGAUAAUACCACCAUCUACCUCUCAAUAUUGUAAAGGUAAAAUGUAGUAUUACAGUAUUAAGUAAAAAUGAGAUAAUAACAUUUUAAAGU